AUGAGGGCCGGCCCGCUCAGCCUCCUGGUGCUCCUGCUCUGCCUGUCCUGCGCCCAGGCCGACGUGGCGGUGCAGCCGGGCUUCGAUGUGGAGAAGUUCUCAGGGACGUGGCACGUCGUGGCGGCCGUGUCCAACUGCUCCACCUUCCAGAGCAUGAGGGGGGUCAUGAAGACGUCGGUGGCCAAGGUGACAGCCCUGCCCGACGGAGAUAUGAGCAUCCUGACCGGCUUCCCCGUGUCUGAGGAAUGCCGGACGGUGAAGAUGCACUUUAAGAAGACGGAGCAGCCCGGGCAUUUCACCAGCGACGAAAAGGGCGCCAGGCAAGACCUGCGGGUGCUGGCCACGGACUACGCCAGCUUCGCCUUCGUCUAUGUCUGCAAGGAAGCCGCGGGGGAGCGCAGCCUCACCGUCCAGCUCUACGCCAGGCACCCCGGCGUGGUCGAAGCGGUCAUGGGCGACUUCCGGGAACACUUCCGCAGGGUGGGGCUGACCGAUGACCUGAUGGCCGUCCUGCCCCGAUCCGACGUCUGCCUCCAGCACCUGAGUGGCUGAUGGGAUCCCAGUCUCCAGCAGCCAGACCUCGCGCUCGCCCCGCAGCAGGAGCUUCUCCGAGCAAGAACGCGGGGCUGCCC